GGCCAUAGCUAGAAGGUGUUCGUGGAAACGUGAAAAGCUGCUGACCGAAGGUAUGUACUGUAUGUAUAAUAUAAACAGCUGUCUUUUUUAUGUACUAUUUAAAACAUGAGAAGGAGCUUUUAUCAGAUAAAAUACGACUACAAAAACAAAUACAAAUUAGGAUGAACAAUUAUAUAAUCAUACUAAUUAAGAUGAACAAUUAUACUAAUAAUUAAAUAACCCCUUUACGGCCCCCUGUCGUGCCCCCCUCAGCACCACCUACAAUAACGUUUCCUGGUAUGCCCUUGAGUGUUCUAAAUCGUCCUCGAAAAGUGAAAAGCAACAUUUCAAAUCAAAAACAUUGUGUAAAUAGAAAUAAUCUGAUACAGAUUCAAACCAAGAGAGCCAUUCCUGGGACUCAGGCACAUAACCGCUUACCAACCUUUAGCUGUUUACCAACAUUCUUUCACUCCAACGUAAGAUCCUUAAAUGCUAAGAUUGAUGAUUUGCAAACUGUCACCCAACAAAAUAACGUAGAUGUAAUCGCCAUAACAGAAACUUGGUUAAAUUCUAGAAUCACCGAUGAUCCAAUAUCCCUCCCAGGCUACUCUAUUGUUCGAAAUGAUCGUGAAAAUGGCAAACGGGGCGGAGGAGUGUGCGCUUUUAUUAAGUCCAAUAUACCCUUUUCCACCCUUCCUAAUUUUAGUGUCCCCGACGUCGAAGGUGUGUGGUUAAAACUCAGACCUUACCGACUACCUCGCGAACUAUCCUGCAUCUUUGUUGGCGUGAUUUACCAUCCACCACUAGCAGACAACAAUAUCCUGCAAGAUUACCUUAUUUCCACGGUAGAUAAAUUAUUAUUAGAGCAUCCUAACGCAGGAAUUAUGAUAUUGGGUGAUUUUAAUCAUUUUGACUACAAAACAUUAUGCCGCCAUUCCUUCUUGAAACAAACUGUUAAGAAACCUACCAGGCAAUCAGCCAUUUUAGAUUUGAUCUUAACCAAUAUGCACAAGUGGUACAACGAACCUGAAAUCUUACCAGCAAUUGGCUUGUCUGACCACCUGUCCGUUCUUGCUACUCCUGCUGUUCAAGCUAAACUACCCAAUAAUAUUAUUAAGAAAACUGUACGUAAAACAAAACCGUCUAGCAUAACAUCACUUGGAAAAUUCGUCAAGUCAUUGGACUGGAGUCACCUUUACCGCUUACCUUCUUGCCAAGAUAAAUGCGACCUUUUCUACAACCUACUUAUGUUAGGACUAGAUACCUUCCUGCCAAAGAAAAAGGUUAAAGUUCAUUGUAGGGAUAAACCAUGGAUCACUCCGGAUUUAAAAAAGCUUAUAUCAGACAGACAACAUGCAUUAGCUGCAGGAAAUCGUAAUUUGUAUAAUCAACGUAGAAAUGAUGUCCGCAGAGCAAUAAAACAAGCAAAACCUUCCUAUUUUCAAACUCAGGUUAAACAUCUUAAAACCGCUGAUCCAUCGAAAUGGUGGAAAGCCGUAAAAAAUCUGGCAGGCUACACUUCAGAUAAGUCCUUUCAUUCUGUGAUCAAUGACAACCGAAUAUUAGAAGGUAAAAACCUAGCAAACGCUAUCAAUGAAUCAUUUGUUGCUGUUAACAAGUCUAUGCCCCCUCUUUCCGAAUUCGAUAAGCAAUUCCUUAUAGCGCCUUGCGAAUACCACAUCCCAGUAGAACUAAUUGGACGUCGCUUAGAAAAAGUUAAAAUAUCAAAAGCGCCAGGCCCUGAUAGUAUACCUAAUUGGCUACUAAAAGAAUUCUCGGCUGAACUUGCUACACCAGUGGCAUCUAUCUUUAAUGCCUCCAUUGCCCAAGCUCAAGUACCUUCACAAUGGAAAGCGGCUGACAUUAUCCCUAUUCCAAAGACCCACCCAGUACAGGAUAUUAACAAUGACCUCAGACCAAUAUCUCUCAACGCUACGUUAUCUAAAGUUUUAGAGUCAUUUAAUGCAGAAUGGAUCCGUGAUAGCAUCUGCCAGAAACUCGAUCCAAAACAGUUCGGAGCAAUUCCCGGCUCCUCUUCAGUUGAUGCCUUAAUUAGCUUACUCCACUCCCUAUACGCUGACUCAGAUGGAAAUGGUAAAACUGUGCGUUUAUUCCUACUGGACUUCAGCAAGGCUUUCGAUCGGAUUAACUAUAAGAUACUAAUCACAAAGAUGCGCAAAUUGGAUAUAAACCCAUCCGUUAUCAAUUGGGUAAUUGACUUUUUGUCCGGAAGGAGACAGCGGAUUAAAAUGGGUAACGUAUUUUCAGAUUGGUCUGCAGUAAACGGUGGGGUACCCCAAGGAACAGUGCUCGGUCCUAUACUCUUCUUAAUUAUGAUAAAUGACUUGGUUACUGAGCAUGAUCGAAGGUGGAAAUUUGUGGAUGAUACAAGUGUCUCUGAAGUUAUUAAUAAAGGUGAGCAAGGGAAGAUGCAAUCCCUUGUUAAUGCGAUAAACAGCUGGUGUAUAAAGAAUGACAUGAAACUUAAUCAAUCUAAGUGUAAAGAUAUGAUCAUCUCGUUUGCGAAAGAUCCUCCAAAACUGGCCCAAUCUUCGUAAACAAUCACAAACUAGUUCCUGUAUCUUCAGCAAAAAUCCUAGGCACUUAUAUUUCCACAGACUUGAAAUGGAACACACACAUAAACUAUAUUGUAUCCAAGGCUUCUAAGCGCCUAUAUUUUUUACGCAUAUUAAAACGGGCUGGACUUGAUCAUACAUCCCUUUUAACCGUCUAUACUACCUGCAUAAGAUCAGUCCUCGAAUACGGUUGCCAAUUAUGGAACUUUGGUGCUUCCCAAUACCUUUCUGAUGACGUCAAGCGGGUCCAAAAGCGAGCACUAAGAAUAAUUUAUCCUGAUCUAUCUUACAGGAAGGCCUUGGAGGUUAUUCCGCUUCCAAAUCUUUCACAAAGACGAGAUGAACUUUGCAGAUCACACCUUAAAAGAAUGACUAAACCAAGUCAUAAAUUGUACUAUCUUCUCCCUGACAAACGUACUAACAAUCUUAGAAAUAACGACAAUUUUACACACAUUUGGUCUUGUACCAACCGUUUUAAAAAUAGUUAUAUACCAAGUAGUGUAGUAUCUUUUAAUACCUAUACGUCUUAAUAAACUAUAUAAUAUAUAAUCAUAUCUUAAUUAUUAGUCUUUAACUUGUAAUUUUAUAAACUGUAUUUUUAGAACAUUAUGUAAACCGAGCAAUUCAGCUUUGUAGCUGCAAAUCGUUUUUUUUUAUAAUAAUAAUAAUAAUAAUAAUAAUAAUACUAAUGAAGAUGAAUUUUAUCAAAUAUAAAGUCAUUCCAAGUGACAUAUUAUGGCUGACAUCAUUUGCCACAAAGUUUAUGGAUUAUUAAUGAGUAUUUAAAAAUUAUAUAGGGAAUUCGGUCUCAGUUAAAUAUUAGACAGCUUAGCAAACGCAACGAGUCAUCAAUCAGAACGUGAAAUUCACGUUAUACAUGCACUUCGCAUUUCCUUCCCGUUUGAAUCUGCGAUUUCGUGCUUAUCUCUUUCGAAGCAAAUAUUAUGUUUGUUUUCGCCGUUUGCAUAUUUCCUUAUUGCUGGCAGAUCCAAGGUCAAAACAUACAGUAUAGUUCAGAAUAUCAUGAUUGAUUGCUAUAAUCAACGCAUAACCGCUAGGCAGGCACCUUGUCUUGAUCAAGUUUAACCCUAUUUGUACCGGGGUUUUUUCAUGUUGAUAUGACCAGGGGUGCGCUGAUAGGGCGCACCCCUCAGAAAUUCUGUCGAUUAACCGCCAUUAUCCUAUAUGUUUUAUUUUUUGUAAGUUUUAUCUUUCUUUGACCUAAAAAUAACAAAAAAAUUAAAUUUACAUCCAAAAUGCUGUUUUUUGGCCCCAUUGGAUACGACCGCCUAUCAAAAAUGGCGAAUAUUGCUAAUAUUUUACCCAUUUUGGUUACUUUUCGUAAUGAGAUAAAAAACAUUUUGGAUAUGAUAUUUUUUGGGUCUUUUACAUUCAAAAGACAUAUUUUUAUGUUUUGGCAUGUCUCAGAUGUCCAUAAACACCACUAUUUUUCUUUCCAAGCUGGCAUUUUUGUACCAUAUGAAAAGACAUAUAAACUGAAACUUACCUGUCUCGCCAUAAACAAUGCAAAUCAUUUUCAACAUCACUAAUUUUACCUUCAUCACUGUGACACUGUCAUUGUUGUCGUAAUGACUGAUUGCAUUAUUAAUCUGCUUCCCUGCCUAUUGAGGACAUCCAUUUUUCGGUUCCCCUCCCUUAGAAUUUCCACAUAUUUUAGGCAAAUUUUUAGCCUCCCCUGUGGAAUUUCCGCAGAUUUUUAUUGAAUUUUAGCCAUGCCCAUGGAAUUUCCGCAAAUUUGUUAUGAACUUUUAACCCACCCCAUGGAAAUUCCUUGACAGUACGUUUUUGAUGUAGCCAGUGGAAAUUCCGUAUUGAUUCUUUGAUUUGUAGCUAUUCCUUGGAAAAUUUCUUGUUGAUUUUAAUUUAUCUUAUUCGUUGGAAUUUCUUUUCUAUUGUUGACCAUUUUUGGUUCACUGUUGCAGGGGUCCAUUGGAAAUUCCACACCCAUAAAUCGCAUAAUAUUCCCAAUUGCGCAUUCUGCCCAAACCAUAGCUCCUUUUGUUGGCAUAACUUCUUUAGUAUAAACCGAAGAAAACGUUGAUCUGAACUCUGAAGUCGAUGAACAAAAGUUUGUAGAAAAAAUACGAAAUGGCGACCAUGUUUGUAUACCAAAAUACCAUAGGUGAGCUACGAGCUUGCAGUAUAGUUUUGAAAACACAAUAUUCACUUUGAAUUUACAAUAUCCGCAAGGACUUUAUGCGAAAUAUUUGAUCUUAAUUCGUACAUUUGUCGAAUCAAAGACCGUUCAUAUACUCUGCAAUAGACCCUAUAUCAUGGUUCCUACAUGUUUGAUGUUUACCCAAAGAUAGGAAGAUGUUAAUAUGCUUUGAAGGUGCAAAGAAAUAUGUGUAUUUGUGUAUAUAAAAAUAUUAUAAAUAAGCAUUUUAUAUUAAAUAAGUACUUUGUAGUUUACUAUAUUGCAUGUUAUACUAUAUUUUACUAUUAUAUAUAAUAUAUUAUGGAUAUUUUACAUUGCAAAUCAUGUGUAAUAAUCCAUCUUUAUAUGUUCUCUAAUUAUAUUAUGUUAUUUAUGUCCUGGGAAGUGAUUCAGCCAAAAAAUACUGUCCAAUCCACAUUUUCUCUUUUUUGGCCUCGACACCUUGUUUGACAAAUGUCGGCAAACGUCCGGAUAACGAUGAAUAUUCAGAAAAAUUUUCAGUCAUGACGGCAGAGAAAAAAUAUUAAAAGUCAUGAAAGUACAGGCAAAUGGGAUCAUUUGUUCAGGAAUGACGGAUAAGUAUGUAUAGGGGUGCGCUCAUUGUGCGCACUCCCGGUACAAAUAGGGUUAAAUAAGAGUUGGUCUACCAAUCAAAUCAAUGCACGUUCGGUUGAAUGGCUUCUACGUAAGCCAGAUUGAAAUCCAUACAAUAGGUUAUUUACUGAAAGAUAAGUAUACAACGAAUCAUAAAUGUGCCUUAUAUAUAUCUUUGAUCAAAAUUGGGAGCAUCGAUAUUGGGUGAUAGUUUUGUUUGUCUGACUUUUCACCUUGCUUUUCAUAAACUGGUGUCUGGUGUAACUUUCGCUGUCUUCCAACUUAUAGGAACGUUGCUCUGCUGAAUACAAUGACUGAUUAGUCUCGCGAGUACACUAGCAAUACCUACAGGUGCAGCUAUCUUCAAUACUGUAGGGCCAAGUUUAACGGCUUAUUUUAUUUACAGGCACUUUUUGCAAUGUUUUCAGUACUUUAUGUAAUAUAAUCAAGGGAAGUUGGAAGGAGUUUUUAAUACCCCUUUUACCGUCCAAUGAAAAAGAUAUGUUGCCGUCUUGAUUAUGAGGUUUGAACAUACUGUAAGUCAGCGAAGAAGGAGUUAAAUAUGUUCGCAAUGUUAUUGGUGUCGUUGUUAUAUUACACCAUUGAUGUUGAUGACUCGUUUAUUAAUAUCAAAAUUUCUUCGGGUUUCGCUUGUUUUCAUUUACCUGUGAGUUAGGCUGGGAUUACACUAUACCGGAUUACUUUCCAUACCGGUUUAAUUUUCACACCGAAGGAAAAGUCAAGGGUGUUUACAUUAUACCGCUUUCUUUCCGGCGCCAUCUCAUGUAUUAUUAUAGUUUUAUCGUUGUCACGGAAACAAGAAAUAAUAUUUUGCCAAUAUUCUAAAAUUUACUCGUAACAAGGAGUAUUUACGCACGUUUUCUCCCAAGUAUUUGCGAUGUUUACCUUUGUUUAGGAUGCUUGACCAGUAUAGACGUUGCUUCGUCUCGCUUUGAUUCAGAAUUGACGAGUAUUUCCUUAAGUUUAGCCACUUCGAAAACGAGAAAUCAGUUUUAUAUUUGUCUCCGCCAGAAAUAGUAAAUGGUUGUAAAGUGAAACAAACAGCGGCUAUAAAGUCUCUAAAGUAUUGUCAAAACGAGCAAAUAAAGCCGAUAAAUGUUGAAAUAUAAGUGCUGGAAAAGAUUUUGUACCGGAGCGUACUGUUUACACUUGGUUUAUCCAGUACGGCACGUACCCUUGCCCCCAGAGCAGCCUUAGAGUCCAUUACCCUUACGGUUAUCAGAGCGGGCCAAAUAUAUAUACCCCGCAGGAUGAAAUAUAAGGUUAUAAAAAGUCUAUUGGGUUAAAUAUACUUAUAAUAUGACACUUACUGUAUUGUAACAACAAAAGCUGUCUGUGUCUACUCUUAAUUCUCAGCUGGCAAAAGAGAACAAUUGUUCCAUUUGGAAGCUAAUUUAUAUUUAGUAUAAAUUUAAGUUCAUGGGCAAUGCUCUCCACUUUAUCUAACAAAUUUAGUCUAAUUUAUAUGACAAUUGCAUACGGUACAAAGGUCACGGACCCACAGCUAUCAUUUGUAUUUAAGAAAUAGAAAACGAGUCGCGUGCUUUUAGGGUGUGAUAAUGCACGCGGGGAAUGUUGGGAGAAUACUCGAGAAGCGUGUAAAACACGAGGCGCAGCCAGGUGUUUUACACACUUCUCGAGUAUUCUCCCAACAUUCCCCAAUUGCAUUAUCACACCAUAAACGCACGAGACGAGUUUUUCUAUUUCUUUUAUAAUAUAAGAUUAUAAGUAGAAGAUAUCACAUAGUAAACAAUUUUACUCAAAAGAUCGACGUUGAAAUUCUUCUAACAUGUACUCAGUGACGUAACGUCACGCGCAUGCUUUUACUGUCGCUUGAAUUUUUAAGCGAGCGAAGGAGAAAAAUUGCCAAAACAAUAUAGGCUACAAAGUUUUGGUUCUAUACAGUAAAGCCGGAAAAAUUGUUUAAAAUAGUGGAAAUAAAAAAACAGUGACACACAGACUAAUUUGCCAAAGUUUUUCAGCGUCUGGGCUGCUGGAUUUGCCAUGAAAGACGGUAAUUAAUUAUACUAAGUUUUAAUUUUCGAAAUUAUUGUAUUUUUUGUCUUUGCCGCUUUGGCCGAAAAUAUAUCUAGCAAUUAUUAUCAGAAGAAUUGAAGGUACUUUCUAAAUCACUUAUAUUCAGUUUUUGUUGCCUUUUUUAUGUAUUUGGUCUUCCAGCUGUAUCUUUUUCAAGUUUUUUUCUCGAAUAUUUUGUACGCUUUUACCCAAAACUUGUCGAAAUAACAACAAAUUCGACGAAUGUCAAGCCGGUUAAUUUUAUACGUAGAACUAUAGAAAAUUGCUUUGUUCCUUUGGUCUAUUCCUUCUUACUUUCAGGUAAAUUUUGUAUUUUAAAAGCUCUCAGUAUAAUUUUGUGUAUAUAUUUGGCUAAAAAGCAGUCUGUGAUGAAGAAAUCAUAGUUUAUGGCUCCCAUAACAAAAAUUUCUAAAUUUAAUAGGAAGGCCUCAUCUACAUUUUCCUAAGUUUACGUAAAAUACUCUUUGUUCGUUGAAGGAGGACGAUAGGCACCUGAUAUUAAUGUAGGGCGCUUAGACUUAUGCGGAUAUUAAACUUCAAACCACAAUAUUUCAAUAUGUUCAGCUUAAGAUUUAAAUCCCCCAACAUAAGAUCGAUUUAAUUAUUUAGAAUCGUUUUUACGCAUAGCGUUCACAGGUUGUGUGUUAGCUGCAUCGAAGUUAUAAAUUUAUAGUUUCAACUGAGACAGAAUAAUCAAGGCAUAAACUUACAGUUAUCACCAAACUACACGUCCGACCGCCAUGACUGACGAUUAGUCAUAUCGAAUCAUGUCUCCACUAGUCAUAUAAAUCCGCAAUAAUGAAUUUCACUACAUAGGAGUAAGAAUUACAGUGCAAGCAAAGCUAGUUUUCAUUAUCGUUUCCUUGUUUAUUUUAUCUGAUUUUUAUUGCAAUUGUGCCAAAGAAAUAUUGUACUCGUUGAUUGACGAUAAUAACAAUAACACAAAUUAACCAGCAUUAUACCAUGGCGUAACACUGAUACUUUAAUAUGAGCGUUACUAUAGUUUGUAUGUUGUUACAGAUUUUUAUUAUUUUUUAAAUUUUAAUUUAUUGAUUAUCGUACGCUUUUUUCCACAGAAUGACGUUUAUUUGUUUGUUAUCAGCAACCACUCUAGUUCUUGCAGGUAAAAAGUAAUUAUUUGUUUAGCAUUAAGAUUCGGCUAGAAUUUAGACCUAAACGGUACUUUUUUGAGAAGUUUCCGACAGAAUAAAGUCAAUUUUUUUCUGAAAGUGAACUUGAAAUUUCACGUUUUUAGAACAGUCAUGCAUGGCAAAAAAAAGAGCGCAUUCUUCGAAAGAACAUUAUUUGUAGAUUAAUUAAGUCGAGAAUUAAGUUGUUUACAACGCUAUUUAUAUUGAACAUUUAAAAACGCACGAUUUAAAAUUUCUGUAAACAAUUUUUGUCAAAGAUUGAACAAUAACAACACAUUUUCGAUUUCGAUAAUAUAGGCCUAUCAAUAGUCGAAAACAGAGCACAUUAAAUAUAGUCCAGGUUCACAGGGACCGCUUGUCCCUGUUAAUGCUCUUAACAUUCUCUUGACUAUCAGCUUAAGUCUCCUAGAAAUUUAACAGGGAGGGGGUGUUACAUUCCAACACCCCUUGGUUGCAACUAUCUAGAUGCAUGUUUGGAACAUUACAACUCGAUAUACUUUGCAAUACUGAAGGGAUAGACUUUAUUAAGUUAUGUAUUGUUCCACCGGUAGGAUUGUUGGUCAGUUUGAGUGAUGCUGAUGUAUUCCUUCACAAUCCCAGAGGUUCUAAUAACCGCCUAAAUAAAGCUGGGGCCGCUAGAGCAAAUAACAAUCGAUUGUUCGACUCUCAGGUGAGUUUCAAAUCUAGAAUUAUCCGAGUUUCCUCCAUUCAAACAAUCAUGUUAACAUUAAUGCAAAUUUAACUGGAGAAAUAAAAAAAUGAGCCCACGUAGUGAUCACGAUAUCUCCAUUACCUGCAUGUAUCGCCAUGUUCCUGGCCAAGAUAUUAGAAGAUAAAUAUAUCAGUUAGUUAGUUAUGUGACAUCUGUACACUCAAUGUAUUUAUACUGGAACGAUAUGUGUUGAAGCCAAACUAAAAUGCAUACGUUCACAAUAAGUCAAAGUUUAAAAUAAGUUAAUUGACUAAAAAAAAACCCUUUUAACCAAAUCAGAUUGGGGGGGGGGGGAUCCGGGCGUGCGGAGGAGGCGGAAAGUGCCUCCUCUGAUUUUAAAAGUUAAUAUCUCCUAAACCAGUACAGGUAUGGUUCUGAAUUUUAACGACUUUCCUAAAUAUUUAUGGGCCUUAUGUGUGGAACGUUUGUUGAAAACAUAUUACGCAAAAAAGUUACAGCGUAAAUUUAAUAGGUACGUUAGCGUAUGUUAAUAGUCACAAUAAUAGUACUUUUUAAUAAAGGACUUUUUAAUAAAGAGAAACUAUAUUUUUUACAUGCUACCUUUUUAUCUCAACAAAACAGCUAAAACUAACAAUAAGGAAAAUAAUUUUAAUAUUCUAUAAAUCCGGUUUUGCAAUUAAUGACGUCAUAAAUUCCUGCCAUGACUACAUAAGUAUAACAAUAUACCUGAACAAGGCAUAACAAUCUCCUGUAACAGUUUUGUCGGAAUACACCGAAUGGUUCCGGAAAUAUUGACCGCAGUAGUAAUAGACCCCACUCUGUAGUUCAAAGGGAUGCCGCCAAUGAUGUCACAAUAACAUCGCAUUGCCAAGUCCCGUUACUAUACGUCCCAAUUGAUUGUGUUACAUGGUUACGGUACCUGUCACAGAACUCAGUCUCGUUACCAUACGUUACAUUAGGUUGCGUUAGCAAGUCCCGUUACCGAUUUACAUCACAAUAGAGUUGCCUUGGCAGCCUGACUUGUGGGCAUAAAUUUGAACAAGAAUUUAGAUUUAAGAUACAUUUAUUUCUUCAAAACGUUUACAAAGUUAUACUUCAAAUAUAUAUCGUCACUUGUUCGGGAAAAUUCGCUAUCGGAUUCAUCAAAGUUACUGCUUUCAUCUUCCGUAAUCCUUCUGGUAGGUCUUGUGUCUGCUAGAUGAGAGCACAGUUUUAGCCGUUUGCUAGAUGAUAGAUUACUGCGUUGACCUCGUCUUCUUUUCUUGCUUCCGCGGUUCGUUUGACGGCAAUAGAGUCUUUGCUCCUUGUUCGGCAAAAUCUCAGACAACUUCUUCUCCGAGGGUUUUUACAGACCUUGACACUUUUACGCCUUCCAGAAUUUCUUGAUCGACUUCUGUUGUAGCUUGUAAUGCUCUUUUUCAACAAUUUUAACGCCAUCUUUGAAUAAAGGAAUAGCAAACCGUGCGUAACUACUAUGGGUUCAGAUCGUCCGAACCCGGGGUCCCAGACCCCAAUGGGCCAAAUUGGGGCCCCUACGCUCAGGCUGUAUAGCAAAAACAUUGGCCAGCUAGGGCUUCUGAUAUGUUACAAUAUCGUUUUCUGACCAUCAGAAUUCUGUAGAAUCUCUCCCCAAAGUUCGGCAAAUGGCAUUUCAGAGACUCUAGAUUCAAAAAUUUUCCGGUGAGCAUGGCCUGCACCCCCUAGAAAACUGGUGCAUAUACGGCGCUCGAAUCGUGCAUUUGGCACUUCUACUUGAGGCGCCUUCGAAAAUUUUGAACCGGAGGCCCCCGGAUAUAACGUUACGCCACUGAACUUUGCAAGACAAAAUUCCACCGAGUCCAUAACUUCUUUGAAAUCGUGCACCACGAUACCCAAUUAUAUUUCCACCAAGUUGCUGUCUCAAGUAAUGGUCUGGCAUAUUGAUGUGUUCAGUUCAACUUCACAUAGUUGACUGACCAAAUACCAUUUGCUCACUUAUUUUCUGGUCAAUAAAGUGUCGUUUAUCAGUACUAACAUUCAUAAUUUCAUCACAAUGGCAAUGUGGACAGCUGGCGAUUGCAUGCGUGCAAUACGUUGUUACAGCUGUUUUAUCCACGCCUUCAGACCCAUCAUUAGACUUGGAUCAAGUCCGUCUCUCUAGAGUCCGAGGAAGAGCGCGAGGUGCCAUAACGCGGGAAAGUUUGAGGGAGAAGACGGACUUGGCUCACCUGCAAGCACGCCAAAUUUACCGACCCGUUUUUCCGUCGGUAACGCGUCAUAACUAGAUUGCAAUAAUUUAUGCUAAUUGCAAUAGAGCGGAUAUAACAAAGUAUCUUGUUUCAAAAAUGUAUAGCGUGCUGUCCAUAGAUAUGGUGCUGUCUCUCUUCGUGUCCGGUUUAGUUUAUACUUAAAUGAUGAAUACGUUUUAAGAAGGUUAUUGAUAUGACUAUACUAUAUAAAACUGCACAACUAGUGUCACACUAUUAUUUUUUUUUACUUAUAUUAAGUGUCACGGCAAACUUCAUGAUCACACGAAAUUUUGAUACAGUCAGGGAUAUUUUGUUCAGGACAAAUUUUGUGCAUAUAGUCAUAAUAACUAACUAGAAGAGUCUAUAGAUACGAUUUGAUAAAAAGUGUAUCUUUAAAUAUAAGGCUUAUAGUUGUAUAUUAAAGGCGUAUUUUAGUUUCGAUCGCGACGGGUAUUUUAAUAAUUUUGCCCUGACACUUGCGGUUUCGUAUUUGUAACAAAACCGCUAAAUUAAUAACACCUGUCUAUUAACAUAAUUCCCGCCAAAAUAAUAAAUCUGAUUCGAAACAUUGCAGGUGAGCCAAGUCCGUCUCUUUCUCCUCUCUUGCACCUCGCGCGCCGCUUCGCGGCGCGCUCGAUCUCGUCGCUUCGCGACUCCAACUCUAGAGAGACGGACUUGAUCCAAGUCUAACCCAUCAUCGGAUUCGUCAGAAUGUGUAUCCAUAUCCUGCCGUGACUACUUGUGAGAUAACAUUGAAAGGACCCUUCCAUUUACGAUUAGGCUUUUAUCUAUUUGAAAUUCUGCAAGACCUAAUUUAAAAAAAUAUUUAAUUCAGCUGGUUCUGGAAUUUCAGAAUUGUAACAGUACCAAAACAGUAUAUUGUAACAAUAUACUGUUUCAGAAUUGAAACAGUAUAUUGCAAAAUAUCUACAAUGUUUGUUGUACAUAUAUUCUGCCCUAUGUAUACAAUUUCUCUUUGAAGAUUCCAUGUGAGACUAUCGCUGGGUGUAAGAAUGCAGCGAAGCAUUCUUCAGCAUUUUUUUAUCAACAUUGACGUGUAAGUGUCCAAGUAUAUCUUCAACGCGCCAAUGUCUCGGAGAUGUUCUUUCCUUGCUGUCCAUGGUUGGAAUGACGAUAUGAAUUAAUGAUGAUUAUAUAUUUUAUACCAAUUCAGCAAGGCCCCUAAAAGUGACUCAAGUACUAAUUCUAGAAAGCCAUGCACUACCCGCGCUGAACAAUUAUUUCCCUUUUCGUUCUAAAACUUCUACUUCUGUUCGCUAAUUCAGCGAGAUCUUCUUUAAAUAGUCAAAGUGUGUGCAAUGUUCCUUUAGGAUAUGUAAAGUUAUCCAUGCAAUUAUAUAGAAAGCGAAUCUGUUCAUGAGAUGCGGAAUUCAACAGAGCUUUCUGUUGAAUUGGACGAGAAAUACACAAGAACUCCACAAACAGUCUGUGUUUGGUAAAACUACUUGUCAUCUAUAUUUGACGAUCAAUAACAGAAUGAAGACCUGAUUUGACCGAACACGAGCGCUAUGAUCGUUUUUUUACUAAAGGAAACGUGCAUAAUAAUGAAUGUGAUGUUGCAAUCAUCACAGAAUCAUGGCUUUCGUCAAACAUUACGAAUGAUCUCAUUAAGAUCCCCGGAUUUUCAAGUAUUCGCAAAGACCGAUGUGACGAUCAAGUGGUGGUGGACUCUGCACCUACAUCAGAAAUACAUUGGACUUCCUAGAAUUAAAAGACUUAUCUCACCCCGACAUUGAAUCACAGUGGUUCUUGAUAAAACCAAAAAGACUUCCAAGAGGAAUUGAUGCAAUUGUAGUAGCCUCUGUAUACCGCCCUCCACAAAAUAACGAUUCAACACUAAGGAACCAUCUAUUUGAAUCCCUAGACAACGCCCUCAUCAAUUUUCCAAACGCAGGCAUCGUCUUGUUAGGGGACUUUAACCAGUUUAAACCUGGAUCAUUAACUUCAUCCUUUAAUCUUAAACAAGUUGUGAAACGACCCACCCGUGGUAACAAUAUCCUUGACAAGAUUUACACUACCCUUUCGAAGCAUUACAUUGAUGCCAUUAUACUCCCAUGCAUUGGACAAUCUGAUCACCAAAGUGUUCUCCUCAACCCGACUAAACAAAGUCCGAAGUCACUCAAGUCUUAUACCCCCUCCUACAUUACUAAAAGAGACUGUCGACCCGCAAACAAACAAGCCCUAAUCACCACCUUAUCCCAAAUCAACUGGACCCCACUUUACCACGUAACUGCUCUAGAUGAUCAAUUCAACCUAUUCUCGAACAAACUAUCCUCUGUUAUCGAUAGUCACCUCCCUCUGCGCACCAUAAAGUGUUACCCUAAAGAUAAACCAUGGAUCACUGCAGAUAUAAAAAAAAUCAUUUCUAAAAGGCAGAAAGCUUGGUUAACCAGCGACACUAUCAUGUAUAACGUUUAUCGUAACAAAGUUAGAAAACUAUGUAAAUCUGCUCGUCAGUCCUACUACGAUAAGAAAAUCCUUAAUACCAGUGAAUCUAACCCAAAAAAAUGGUACGCUAACAUCAAGUCUAUUUCUGGUCUAUCUAAAUCGGAACCUUUUUCGAGCAUCUUCCAUGAUGGUGAGUUCAAAAGAGGUCCUGAGCUUGCUGAACUAAUUGCCGAAUCUUUCUGUGCUGUUUCAAACGAAUUGGCCCCACUCUGCUUCAAUAAGCUUCACAUUACAUCUGUUCCUGAUGAGUACAUAAUAUCAACCCAAGAAGUUGAAAUCGAAUUGGAAAAGAUCAGUCUUCAGAAAGCAAUUGGCCCCGACGAUAUCCCCAACUGGGUACUGAAAUCAGCUGCACCGUUGCUCGCUGGUCCAAUAUGUUCCAUCUUCAAUGCCAGUAUUGCACAAGGUUGCAUCCCGACACUCUGGAAAUCAGCAGACGUUAUCCCAGCGCCAAAAAUAUCUAAUCCCAAAUCAGUUGAUAGCGACCUAAGACCUAUUUCUCUCACACCGGUGCUGAGUAAAGUAUUGGAAAGCUUUGUUUUUCGGUGGCUUUUUGGUUAUAUUAAACCAUCAAUCGACCCGCUCCAGUUCGGAAAUAUGAAAAAUUGCUCCACCACACACGCUCUUAUCCACAUGAUCCAUAACUGGCUAGCCGAAUUAGAAAACCCUGGUUCAACUAUCAGAUGUUGUAUGAUUGACUUUUUGAAAGCCUUUGAUCGCAUCGAUCACAAUAUUUUACUUCAUAAAUUACAACAACUCAACAUCCCUCCUAUCUUGUUGAAUUGGUGCGCUGAGUUCCUGCAUGACCGAUAUUUACGUGUCAAGCUUGGCCAGAAUAAAUCAACAUGGCGACAAAUAAAUGCAUGGGUUCCACAAGGUACAAAACUUGGACCCCUCUUUUUCCUUGUGAUGAUAAAUGACUUGCAAACCAACACUCCAAUGUACAAAUAUGUCGAUGAUUGCUCCACAUACGAAAUCGUUUCAAGAUCGUCCCCUACUUCAUGGCUUCAAGCUAAUAUAAACACUAUAAAUGACUGGACCAAUCACAACAACAUGCGGCUUAAUGUAUCUAAAACCAAAGAACUGCGUAUAUCCUUUCUUAGAGUCCCUAUGGUAUUCGAUGCCCUCUCGUCAUCUGGUUUAAACAUAGAAAUCGUCCAGACCUUCAAACUUCUGGGAGUGAUAAUAUCAUCGGAUCUUACCUGGAAUGCGCACAUUGAUUACAUCUGCACCAAAGCAAGUAAACGUCUUUAUACUCUAAGGAUCCUCAAACGAUCUGGUGCCCCAGCCAAUGAUUUAAUAACGGUCUUUUGUGCAUUUAUUCGUCCAGUUUUGGAAUACGCCUCACCUGUAUGGCAUUUUUCUCUCCCUCAAUUCCUCGCUGAUCAAAUCGAGAGUAUACAAAAACGUGCAUUGAAAAUCGCUUUCCCCCAGUCCUCCUAUACUACCUCACUAAGAAACACUGGCCUUCUUACACUUUACCAGCGAAGAGAGAAUCAGUGCUUGUCAUUCUAUAAGAAUAUCCAUCAACACUCAGACGAUAAGUUGAGAACGCUACUUCCCAGUGCUAUAUCUCACAAAUUCAGUCUAAGAAAUAAACGCACUUAUCCUAUGUAUAAGUGCAAAACUGAACGAUAUAAGAACAGUUUUAUCCCAAAGUGUGUUAGAAACUGGGACCGACCAUAGACAUAACAAAAUAUUUUAUAGUACAUAUCAUUAAUAUAGUUUAUAUUAUAGUAGUUUUAAAUUGAACUUUUUGCAAAUUUAAAAAUUUUAAUACUAUCUAUGUAAUAUCACGUUUUUUAAAUUUUUAUUAAUUUACAAUGUGGUAAUUAUUAAAAUCAAUCAAUCAAUCAAUAUUUCAAUGAAACCUGAAGAUGUUGCAAGAUUAUCACGUGAAGAUAGACAAGAGUACGAGGACUCUUUAAAGAUUCAAAAGACACCUAAACGAUACGCUCUUAGAAGCAGACCUAAUUAAAUUUUGUAAAACGUUUUGAAGAAAUAAAUGUGUUUUCAAUCAAAUUCUUGUGUAAAUUUAUGGCCGCAAAGCUACGAUGCCGCCCGAUUUUAAGGUCUACGCCCGCGUUAUAAAUCUAUCCACAAUAAUUCUUUAACGACUGUUAAUGACUUUGGCAUCACACAUUUUAGAUGUUAACAAGACAGAAUUUCGAUAUAGCUAAAAUAAAACCCACAACGUAUACUAACCCCAAUGCAACCAUAAGGAAAAGUAUGUUCAUAUGCUCGCUGGGUGAAAUAAAAAUGGAGUAGGCAGAUUAAUUAUUAUGAAAUGCCAAUAUUGACCAUACUUAGCGACUGCUAAAUUCAGUUUAAGAUUUUUCGUAUAUAUGUCUCGAUAUUUUUCCUGCUUGGACAAUAAAAAACGGCUCAUUGAAAUUAGAAGCCACCAAAUAAAUUGUUGAAAAUAAAUUUACCAAGAGUUUGUCUACUUGUCGCCUAAUGAUUUAGCAACACAUAGCAACACAACACAGUCCAUUGGAGAACCCUUUUUUCUGUAUAGAACACAGACGAGUGCUGAAACAUGAGACCUUUAAGUUAAUCUAACACGCCUACAGUAUAAGAACACGACAUUUACUAAGCGAGAGUUUAUCGAAAAGAUUUGGUACGCCAGCGUUAGUCACGGAUAUAUUUCCAAAGAAUACGACCUAUUGGGAAAGUUUCUCGACGAGAUGAGAGUUAUUCUAUAAAAACCCAUUGUCAUAUCUGAUCUUGAUCAGUUCAAACAAACAUGUCUUGGAGGAGCAUCGGAACCCAUUGGCUUUCGAAAAAAACUAUUGAUAUCGCAACAGAAAAAUCAUACAAUCAUAGAUUUUCUGCGACAGAUGGUGCAAGCAAACAUGCUACCCGCAACGCUUAUCAACAACCCGACGCUGCAUUCGUUUAUGCAUGCUAACGCAAGUGAUAUUAGAAACAAUGACGAGUUUAACGGUGCCCGCAGUCCCACAGGGGAACAACUUUAUCUAUCGAAUAACCGCCUUGGAGAUGAUGAUGAGGAACAUAUUGGCACAAAAAAUGAAAAGCACAUCAUGACGUUGAAAGAACAUACGGGGGUGAAUUUGGACCUAUUACCAUAAACCAAAAAUCUAAAAUUAACGGAUUUAGAUUUCAAACGACUUGUAAAAUUUUACUUCAAACUGUUAAAAUUACCUACAUAGUUAAUAUCCAUAAGGUCAUGUUUUGUAAUCGCCCACAAUUACACGCUUAUUAUAAACAAUACGAUAGUCCUUUUCCAUGCGUUUCGUUUCAAUGUUUUUUUGUCUCUGUGUUGAAAAUACCUAGUUUUUGCCUGUUUUUGAGUAAGGUUUAAAGACACAAUACAAACGGUGACGACACUGAGUUCUGUGACCGGUAACGAAGCCCAGAAACGCAACGUAAGGCGACGUAUGAUAACGCGACUUGAUAACCCGGCGCUAUUGUGACGUCAUUAGCAGCAUCCCUUUGAACUUCAGAGAGGGUCUAUUAAUGCUGACCGCGGGCACUUUUCCUCCCACCCCACCCUCCCCUCGGCAAACCCAGAAAGGCCCAGUCAGGAUCGGGUCAAAUAUCUGUUGAAACUGUACAUAAUAUCUGAUCCUCUAGUGUAUUGUUAUGGCUUUCACACACUUUUUUAAACUAAACUUUAAUUACUUGGGAAAAAAAACGGGGAAAUUUUUGCUGCUUGAACAAAACAGAGGGUUGAAUACUUGGCUAUGCAAAAAUAUUAUUGCUUUUCAAAAAUCAAGGACAUAUAACUUGGACGUUAUAUUUUCCCUGUUUAGUAACAAGUCUAAGGUUUUGAACAUUUUGAAAAACACUGAUACGUAACAUCAACACGUUCGUGAGAAACCGGUCACAUGCAUAUGUGCGCACUUUCUGAUUGUCAAGUAUGCACGUGCGAUAUAAAAAUACUGGCGUCUUUCAUUUCAAUUCAGUCACUCAAAAACUACUUCGCCGGCUAUAGCUUGUGUUAAAAAGCAACAAAUUUUCCACGUGCAUGGAAAAUGACGUCUGACUAAAACGUACAAUUACUUUACCAACAACUGUAGGGAGCCUCCUUAGAGGUAAUUUUUAGGGGUUUUUGUGAAAAAAUGGAAAUAGAAUGGCUCGGCGAUCAACAGGGCAAAAACAAAUGUCUAAUUACAUGAAACACGGGGAAGUUAUCCAACUUAAUUAAAUCCAUGCUCUCGAUCUGAGUAGAAGGCUUAACACAGACGUAAGGGACAGGGCACUAAUCAGUGCCGGAUCUACUGGUGUGAGUAAAAACCAACCUAAGAAUAGUAAAAACCAACUUGCGGGGACCCUGGAAUUCUGGAAUUGCGGAACGUGUUAACUAUUAAGGAAUUUUCUGGAAAAUUGAGGUCAAAAAAGGUCGGAAAACUACAUUUUGGCUCCCAUUAUGUAAAACUAGUGUUCGAAAUUUUUUGGGACGUUUUACUGCUCGGCACGGCCCUGGCGUUCUGCUCUGCCAUUCGGCCGGUUUUGCGUUGUCCGAUGUAGACAACUAUAUGAUGCUACGUUUUCAUAUAUUUCUAGAACAACGCUAAUGGUGGUUACAAUGUGGGCGACAAAGAUCAAAAAUCAAACAGCGAGGAGACCCAAUUUAACAUGGUACGUAAAAACUGAGAUUUUGGUAGCAUCUCAGUCGUUUCAUUAAUAGUCGAGGUCUCGAUGAAGAUACAUGUGCUCGAGCUCUUGAAAACGGACCUAUCCCGAAAGGCGACUCUAGGGACAUUUUUCUCACCCGGUACGACGGCAAAAUUUGUCUCACCCGGACCAACGCUGCCGGUACAUAACGUGUUUAUUUUUUCUCAGAUAUAAAAUUAAAUUCAUUGAAAUUCUUGUGUUAAGUUGCACGAAAACUCGAAAAAAAAAGGCUACGAAACAUUCACAAAGACAUAUAGUUUCAGUAAAAAUGUCAGUAUAUCAUGAUGAAUGUGGUAGCAGAAAAUCAUUGGUGCUGCCGAGCGCAGCGAGGCUGCACACAAUUCUUAACGUGCUAUUGUUUCUCCAGAGUCCACUCGACCUAGUCGUUUCGCGCGAUCUAUGUAUUGUCGAAAUCUCGAUUUUGUGUCUGUCCGGAUUUCGUAUUUACGGGGAAUAGUUAAAGCUUCAGGACUUUUUUUUUUAAACGAGGGGGGCAGUCAAACUUUAUUUUGUAUUGCGCACGCACGAUUCUUCUCAGGAUUUCAGUUAAUACGAGUUUAUUUAUAUGCAGUUUGUUUGAUUUUCACGAAUAAAUCAGGUAAGGAUGGCUUUAUAUCUUUCUGGUGAUAUACAUGAAGGCAUUUAUAUUUACAUAAUGCUGUUUUGAUAUAGUAUACUUUAGAAGUAUUGAAACAAUAUGAUUUCAUAAAUUUAUGGUCAUUUAUCGGCGGUUGAACAAAAAAUGAUAAAAAAUGCACACCGCACAGGAGAAAAUUGUAAGUCGUGUAAGCGAAUUUAUCUCUUAAUAGCAAACAUAUUAAAAUAGUGCAAUUAGUGAAUUAUAACAAACAAGACGCUCUACGGAGCGUUAAUAACUCGCUGGGGCUACACUAGACUUGGUUGAAGUUUUAAGCUUUUCCCCGAGCUAAGCGGAAAAGUCGAAUACUGGCGCGAAAGGCUUAACACAGUACUAAAAUGCGGUAGGCCCUACAAGUAAAGUUAUAUUUAGUACGCUACAUUCUAUUUCUUCAAGACUGUCAGCCGCCAGUUGGUCCAUACGCUAGGAUUAAACUGCGCUUUAAAACGUUCAAAAUAAAAUAUUUUGGGGCUUAAUUUUGGGCUCAAAAUGAAGAGAGAAGUGAGACGAAUCCGCUGGUAUACGGCCGAAAAAGAGAAAACCAAUGAUGCCAAAGGCAAAGUUAAUAUCAAGGUCAAGGAUCAAACAUACUGCAUUUUUUUAUAAUUAGUUUAAUAAUUUUGAGCGAUUUGUCAAUUCAAUACAAUACAAUUUCGAUUGUGUACUCAGGUGUUUCCUCAUGAAUUAUUAAUGAGUUUUUGAAGCUAUUAUAGACAACUGUCACAACACAGAGCUUUUUUCUUUUAAAAGGCUCCUGAACCACGUUUGUUUAACGUAUCCUUCCGUAUAACAAAUAACAGUUGAAAUGUUAUUCUUAAAAUCAUCAUCCAACCUCAUAGCUGCAAUGCCAAGUGAUGUAGCCUUAACUAUCUGGUCUUGAAUUAUACUUUAAAGUGAACAAAUAACAAGACAACUAUAAGAAAUAUUCGAUCCCUGCUCGAGCAAGCUUUGAUUUGUCGAUAUAAAUGUAUAAUUGAAAGACCAAACUUUUCCGUAUUCCGUAGGAAGAAUUGCUAUAACCGGCGUCUUCAACACGUAGCAAAUUAAUAAUGUACUUUCUCUGUUCUGGUUUCAACAGAAUUUCGAAGAGUAAAUACUUGAAAUAAAAGAAAGAGUUUCCUCGAAAGCAUUAACAGGCGGCAUAUUUUCGAUACGCGAGCAAAAUUAUUCUUGACAUUUGAGAUACGUAAUUACUUCCGUUAACGAGUUUGACCAAUGAGAAGCUUUUCCAAAUUUCUUCGGUCAAAAAUACAUUUGUCAUAGGCAUUUGGGCAGGCGUUUAUUUAACGACGCCCUUUCUCCUCCCGCCCGCACUAAACGCCUGCUACGCAGGCUGACGGUGUUUCGAAUCGGUGGGUGGUCAUCCUCAAAGAUCUCAUAAUAUAGCUGACUGUCAUGAUUAGCCAACACUGAUUGGUCCAAUUGAAUAUUUGCAUUAUAACGACUGCAUGACGACAGCGAAAUAGGAAGCAUUUGUUGAUUUGAUGAUUUCCAAUCUUGCAAAUAUAUUUCUUUUGUGCAAAAUUUUGUAAAUUUCAAAAGCUCUUUGAUAAAAUAAAGGCGAAAGAAUCGCUAAAAGGAGGGAGUAAAGGCACCGACGUUAACGAAAGUAAGCCUGUUUUAAAUAUUAAUGUAUUAUUUGCUUUUAAUUAUAAUUGCUUUAAAAGCCAAUCGUUGCGUAUAAUGAAACAAGACAGCAUAUAUUAAUUCCAGUGCCUCUUUAUUGAUUGUCCUAUUUUAUUAUAUUAAAUCUUUUAAUUAAAUACAAAAAGCAAAGUUAUUUGAAUGCGAGAAGUUGAAAUAAUUUUAUUUCAAACUCUAACUUUACUGAUCGAUAAAAGGCAGUUUAGUUUUAUAUUAAUUAAAGGAACACUUUAAAACGCUUUGCGAAGCGUUCGUGGUUGAAUUUUACCUUAAAUUGAAGCUUAUAUUACAUAUAAUAACAUACCUAACAUAUAGUCUAUAUAUGUUUGGGGCAUUGAUAAUUUCGUAAAUAAAAGUGAUAAUUUUAGGGGAUUUUCCAUUUGUAAUAAUAUUCUUUAAAAAUUAUCGUGUUACCAUGACAACUACUUUAAAUACUUCAUGUUUGGAAAAUACAAUGGUUUUGUCGCCAAGGCGAGGGUUUCUGCAUGCAUGUAUUUUUUAGUUUAAAACUGCAUGUUUCACUCCUUGGUUUUUUCGCGAAAAUCACAGCAAGCAAAAGACCGGGCCGCUCUGAAAGGCUCCUUAACCAAUCAGAUUGCUUUAUUUUCACUGAUAAAAAAAAGAGUUCCCGUAACUAAAAUAGCUGUAAGCAAAACAGUAUUUGCAAGCAUAAUUUUAGCAAUUUUAUGUACGAGAAAUGGCUUUAAGGAAUACCUCUACACACCGUCCGGCCGGUGGCAAAGCUAGCCAUAGAAUGCAAUGCAAACUUUAAAUUAUUUAAAUUACUGAUUCGAACCUUUAGAAUUGUAUUGUCUUUGUAUAGACUAUCUAAGGGCCUGUUUAUAUGGGAGCCGGGCUGGCCCGCUUGGCGAGACAGCCCGGUAAGCGGGAUGAAUUUCUCUUGUGCUUAUAUGAGAAAAUUUCAUCCCGCUUGCUGGGACAAUUUUGUUACAUUAAUGUUGUUUCGACAGUUGCUAAAAAGAGGUACACGACGCGUACAUGUAUCUGCGAAAAAAACUUGAUUCACAUUUUGUAUUUUCUUGGGGGAAACUGAAUAAUGAACAUGAUAUGGGACAAUUGAAAUAUUUCAUCACUUAUUAUAAUGGCAGAUAAGAUUUAAAAUAGGGCUGUACACAGCGGGGAGUGCAGCAGGGCAAGUGCUACCCCCCCCCCCACUCCACCCCAGCACCGAGAAAAUUUAACUAAGUUUAUAAUGUGAUUAUGAUUCUAACUGAUAAUUAUGCAGUCAGGAAAUAAAAAUUUCAUGCAAACAAUAUUCAAAGUGUCUACACAGCCGGCUAUUUAGUAAACUGUCACCUGUCAGUUCAAUCCAUACUUAUCAAAACUUUAUUGUAACAUAUGAAGCAAAAGUUAUGUCACUUGUUGUUUACACUUGCCAAUGUUAACUGUUGACUAACAUACACAAAAUAUUUUGUGAACAUGUCGAAGACCACUGAAUAAUUGAGAAUGUUUUGAAGGUCAUGAGUGAAGUAUAUAAUUAAAUUCCAGUUCUGUGCACAGUUAAUGAUAUACCACACUGUUUGGUUUUACACGUACAACACAUUCACUCAAAAACAAUCAUGUUGUGGGAGAUUAUCGGUUUGAGUAGAAGGUAUCACAAGUUUAGUUUUGUACAUUGUGUGCCAUUGAUCAAAUCCACCAUAUAUUAUAUGAUUACUCAUUGUAGCUGUUAAGUUAUUUUCCAUACUAAUGAACUUAUGUAAGAUUGUCUUGUAAGUUGGUUGUUCUGACAAAAUUAUCCAGCCAAUAUCCAGUACAUUUAUUCUUCAUUCUUGUAUUAAUCUCUAAAGAAAAAUAUUUAUGUUAGAAAGCAAAAUGACAAUGUAAUGAGGCUCGGGAGGGUGAGGAUUCUUUUAUUUGAAAAUGUUUGUAAAAAUUUUGUUUAAUUAACUCUAAUGUGUAAAACCAAAAUGUAUAAGUAAUUUAACUGAUAACAUCUUCAAUCUUUGCUCUAACACUACAUUUAAUGACAGCUUUAUAGUUGGACUGUUGUUUUGAACAGAGUUAUGGAGUCAAUAUACAGAAAUACAUGACCAGGAUUUAAUUCAAUAUCUCCUGAGACUGUUUAAAAUAUUACAGAAGUUACAGAAGGAUUGUUUUUAAUACUGUUAUAAAUCUUUUUGUGAACUAUGUUGAGAAAUGGCUUAAAAUAUCCUCGAAAAUAUCCAAUAUUUUAACAGUGUAAUAUAUUAAUAAAAAAAAUUUCCACAGUGCAUUCCAUGUAAACUCUACGCCGAAGAUACGGCAAUAUUAACUAUAGAUAGCAUAGUAAAUAUUUGCCGAACUGGCGAACUCUUGUAUUAUAAAACUUAUAAAAUAUGUGGGACAUACAUUUGCACAAAUUUGGUAUUUAAAUAUAUAAUAUGUGGUAUUUAACUACUUACCAGAUGAGGAUAAGAUUCCAUGUUGAUAAAUAACUUCGGAAUAAAAUCGCAAGUAGAAUGGCGAGAAAAGUCAGAAAACAAGACGGCCAAUUCAAGAUAAAUUGAUAAAAAUAUCAAGAUAUUUUUGAAAGAAUAUAAAACACGAUUUAUACACGAGGCCUGACGAGGCUAAAGUAUGCCCGUUCGCAGGUUAGAUCAGCGGGCACGAUGUAAACAAUUGAUGUAAGGGGCCAUUAACAAAGGAUGUCCGAGCGAAAGGGAGGAGCUCAAGGGGGCUUUGGAAAAUCAGGACAAACUCGGACAUAUGGGGGGGGGGGAGGGGGGGUUAGCAAUCCGGAUGUUCGAAAUUUUAAAAAAUUAAAAACAAAUUUCUUUUUCCCUCUAUUUUGAGCAGUCCUUCUCAUUGUGAAAUUGGCAUUUUGACUGUGCGGUUAACACUAGAUUUUGUUUAAAUUAGUAAUUUAUAUGUUUUUGUAUUCACAUUUAUAGUUAUAAAAAAGUUCCAAAAGUAAAAAAAGUUUUUUACUCUUGACAUAUUAUACAAGGUUGUGUCAGUUUUUGCGAGGCAUGGUGGAUGUCCGGGGGGAGGGGGUCACUAAUUCGGACAAUGACGGACAAGGGGGGGAGGGGGGGUUCUGAAAAUCCAUCAUUUGGCCGGACAUCCUUUGUGAAUGGCCCCUAAACAAAUCGCUGACUGGCUUAAAUUAUAUAAGAUUGGCUUAAAUUAUAUAAGCUCGUCGCUGAAUGGCUACGUGCUAACAUACGGUACGGUCACGUUUCCGAUAGCAUAGGCUAUAUAUCUGCUUCACAGAUACAAAAAUAGGUACGCGACGCGUACAUGUAUCUGUGAAAAAGCUUGAUUCACAUGUUGUAUUUUCUUAAAAGGAACUGAAUAACGAAGACGACAUGGGACAAUUGAAAUAUUUCAUCACUUAUUAUAAUAUAAUAGCAAAUAAGAUUUUAAAGUCAAACAUAAUACACAUCUAACGGGGCUGUACGCAGUGUGGAGGGCAGCAGGGGCAAUCUCCCUCCCCGCCGCCGAAAAAAAUUAACUAAUAUUUAUAAUGCGAUUAUGAUUGUAACAGAUAAUUAUGCUGUCAGUGUCUAUACAGCCGGCAGCCAGCUAUUUAGUAAACUGUCACUUGUCAAUCCAUACUCAUAAAGUUUUCAAAACUUUAUUGUAAUCAUAUGAAGCAAAAGUUCUGUAUCUUGUUGUUUACACUUGGCAAUGUUAACUAUUGAGUAGCAUACACAAACUAUUCGAGGAACAUGCAUUUCUGUAGCAAUGAGUCAAUCAUAUAUAGAAGAUUACUGAAUAGUAGAGAAUGUUUUGAAAGUCAUGAGUGAAGUAUAUAAUACAAUUCCAAUUCUGUGCAUAGUUAAAGUGAAGUCAAGUCCGUAAUGUAAACAAACGGUUUGUGUACAUUUUGAACUGCUGUAUUUUUUAAAACAUGAUGUACUGUCUGAAUAUCUAACACCAUUUUGGUUCACUAUCCUUCUAAAUGAAUAUGAAAUUGAGUUUAUGUUCAGAAAAAUUCGAAGCAUUUGAAAUUUGGGCAAUGUUCACAUUAGAGGUCCUCACAUUGUUAUGAGCAGAACCGAUGCGCAGAAUGGACUUGACUUCCACUUUAAUGAUAUACCAACACUGUUCGGUUUAACACAGCAUAUCCUGCAAUUGAUCCGAUCUAUCCAUAUGAUAUAUGAUUAUUGUAGCGGUUAAAUUAAGUUAUUUUCCAUACUAAUGAAUUUAGGUAAGAUUGACUUGCAAGUGGCCACCAUUGUUCUGACAAAAUUAUCCAGCCAAUAUCCAAUACAUUUAUUCAUCAUUCUUGUAUCAAUCUCUAAACAAAAACAUUUAUGUUAGAAAGCAAAAUGAGGAGGGAGGGUCAUUGGUAUUACCACCGUGGUAUUACUUUACAAUAGCAUUUGAAAAUGUUUGUAAAAAUUUUGUUUACAGUAAUUUCUACUUUGUGUAAAAUCAAAGUGUAUACGUAUUUUAACUGAUAACAUCUUAACUUUUGCUCUAACACUACAUUUGAUGACAGUUUAGUUGGAUUGUUGUUUUGAACAGAGUUACAGAAAUACAGGACCAGGAUUUAGUUCAACAUCUCCUGAGAACAUUAGUUUCCUUUGAUAUCGUAAUAUUGUUCAUUGGCAAUAUUGCCCGACUUGCCUGCUAUGUUUUGACUGUUUAAAAUAUUACACAAUGAUUGUUUUACCGUAUAUUAAAAUGUACAUAAUAAAAUAUGUGGUAUUUGACAUUUUGACUACUUACCAGAUGAGGAUAAGUUUCCAUGUUGAUAAUAGAAUGGCAAGAAAAUAAGACAAAAAGAUAUAUUUUUGAAAAUCCAAAAUGGCGAGAAUAUCUGAAUAAUUAAUAACACGAGGGCAGACCAUGCCCGUUCGCAGGUUAGAUGGCGGACACGAUGUAACAUAAUCGCUGUUCGCUUAAAUUAUAUAAGCUCGUCGCUGAAUGGCUACCUGCUAACAUACGGUACGCUCACGUUUUCGAUAGCAUAUAUAUCUGCUUCGCAGAUAGGCUUCUACAGACUAUGCUACGAAAAUGCUGAAAUUGUGCUCUAAAAAUGCUCAAAAGUUGCUCGAAAAUUGAAUACGUUGUUUCAAAAGUUGCUCGAAAAUUGAAUAAGUUGCUCAAAAGUUGCUCGAAAAUUGAAAAAAAGUUGCUCCUAAUUAAAAAUGUCAAAAGUUUCUCGUAAAAGAGUGGGUGCAAAGCAAGAUAUGACCGUAUAUUAAACACUGUAGAGAAAUACAAUAAUAACAGUUCAUAACUAACUAUAGUUCAUAACUAUAAAUUGUUAUGACAACUUAAUAGGUAAAAAGCCAUCAAAUCAGUUUGAGAUGUUUCACAGUACGUUUUACUUCCUUUGACUAUUAUUAUAUCUAAGCAUUAAUGUAACUUGCAGUUUUUGGGGGUUGUUAUAUGGAUGUUUGCAAAUAUUUCAAGCUGCUGACUGCCAUAGGAUCUCCUAACUGUAGAAGAAAUGGUAAGCUAAAAAGUUUGUCAAAUGGCCAAGGAUAAGGAAAAUAAUUUGGAGCUUUGUCGUGCUAUUCUUUCAUAUGACCAAGAAAACGAGCUUGAAGAGAAUAUGGAUCAAGGGAUUCAAGACUAUCAAGCAUUUCAUUAUCUUUCUAUAAAUAAAAUUAGCAACAUGGUCUAUAUUGCGAGAAAUUUCCAAAAAUUAUGCAUUUUCUGGAGGAAGUUGCUUCAAGUUGCUGAUAUCAUAAAAGGUUGCUCCAAAUGCAAAAAGUUGCCAAAAAGUUGCCGAGCAUAAUCUGUAGAAGCCUAUUCGCAGAUACAAAAAUAGCUUGCCGGGCCAGCCCGCUUGUCCAUAUAAACGCACGAUAAUUUUUACUAUAAAAAUAACUACACAGCGAGAUCUCGCUUACCGGGCUGUCUCGCUAAGGGGGGCAGCUCGGCUUCCAUAUAAACAGGCCUUAAGUGUCAAAAUGAGACGAGUCAAAAUGCUCUUGUCAAUCCGCCAUUUAUUUUGAGGACAAAAGAUGUUAUUGAGCGAAAUAGGAGUAUACUGUAUACGCAUGCAUUCUUUGUCUAUUAUUUCUACGAUUUACGCCUUCACUUAAACUAUGUGAAAACAGCUUGUAAGAGAAAACGUUUAAUUUAAGGCAACACGUACAUUAAACAAUCAAAAGAAACUUGCCUUAUAUUUCACGAUGUCAUAUUUCUUGUUUCUGAUCAGUGGUGUCAAGUAACGAAGUAAAUGUACUUCGUUACUCUACUUGAGUAUUAUUUUUGAGAAUUCAGCAUGUAACAAAGUCAACUUUUUCUGGAGUACUUUUACUUGGAACGAAGUCGUUUUAAGAAGUAACGUUUUACUUCGUUAUUUUCAUUUUGUGAGAAUACGCGGAAGUAUUUCGUUAUUACUUUCUCACAUUUGUUUAAUUUUAUUUGAUUAACUCCCGAUUUAUUUUAAUUUUGGAAUAGAUCAUAGGACCUCUACAUGCGUCUGAGAUCUCUCUUUGGUGGCUUAUUUAUAGGCAUUAUUUAUUUAAUGAAUUUCUUAUAUAUCUUCAACCGGCCGUGAAAUACAUAUAUGUUAUUUACCGGCUGCGAGGUCCGUACUGAAAAAAUAAUUUCCCGAGGUCUCAGAAGCGGCCCGAGUCUGAAGGCCGAGGGGCGCUUCUGAGGCCGAGGGAAAAUAUAUUUUUGGUACGGACCGACCAAAACGGUAAAUAACGUGUUUAUUUUUUUAUUUGAUAGUUCAUCAUAAUUCCGAUAAAAUUCCAGUUCCAAAGUACAUUUGAGAUCAGUUGCGUUAAUUGUUACUUUAGUGCAAGCAUGGCUGACAAACUGCUAAAACGACGGAAUUAAAGCUGGUUAAAAUGCUUUUAGUUUCAUUGCAAUAGAUGCUUUAUCUACUCAACAAGAAAACAGAAGGUAAACAAAGUAAAAAUAUUUAUUUUCCGAUUCGUUUUGCGGCAUGGACAUGCUUGAAAAAUGCUUUUUGACAGACAAAUACAAAUUUUAGUUGCCGAAAAACAAUUUGUUCUUUACAACAUUUACUAGAAAAUAUAUGCAUGCAGAAACCCUCGCCUUGUUGUCAAAACCAUUGUAUUUUCCGAACAUGAAGUAUGUGCAUAAUAAAUCUUUCUUUCUUUCUUCCUUUCUAAAGUAGUUGCCAUGGUAACACGAUAAUUUUUCAAGAAUAUUCUUACAAAAUACGAAUGAAAAAUCGCUUAAAAAUAUUACUUUUAAUUACAAGAUUAUCAAUUUCCCAACAUAUAUAUGUUAGGUAUGAUAUUAUACGUAAUAUAAGCUUCGAUUUAAGGUAAAAUUCAACCACAAACGCUUCGCAAAACGUUUUAAAGUAUACUUUAUAAAACUAAACUGCCUCUAUUCUUUAACUAAAUAGCUUUAUCGAUAAACUUUGAGUUUACAAUAAAAUGAUUUCAAAUUCUAGCAUGCAAAUAACUUUGCUUUCUUUUUUAUUUAAAAAAAUUCAAUAUAAUAAAAAAGGGAAUCAAUAUUAAAGAUAUACUGAAAUGGGGCCCGAUAUGCUGUCUUGUUUAGUUGUUUCAUAUACGCAAAGGCCGUCGGGUUUUAAAGCAAUUAUAAAAUCAAUAUUUAAAACAAACUUACCUUCGUUAACGUCGGCACCCUUCUUUUAGCCGAUUCUUUCGCCAAUUCUUUCUUGAAAUUUACAAAAUAUUGCAAAAAUGCGAGCAAAAACGAAAUAUAUUUGCAAGAAAUUUAUCAAUCAUCAAAUAAAGAAAUGUUUGCUAUUUCGCUGUCUUCAUGCAUUCGUUAGUUAUAAUGCAAACUUUAAAUUGGACCAAUCACAGUGUUUGCUACUCAUGACAGUCCGCCAUAUUUUUGAGAUCAGUGAGGAUGACCACCCACGGUUGGUGACCCACGCCCGUGAUAUUUGAUGAACUUUAGACUUCGCUAAUGCUUUCGUUUCCCCGGGUGUAAAUAGCCGGGGAGAAUUAGUACCCUCGCACGGCGCUUCGCGCCGUCGGCUCGGGGAUAAAAACAAUUUUGCCCGAAUAAGCCCAGAAAUCGUCUUUAAAACUGCCAGUUAAGGUUGUUUUUUUAAAUUUUAUGCUUAAGGACAAGUUGUACGUUGUAUUAUUUAUAUUUAUGCGUAUAUUAAUUUUCGAAGAAUAGCUGAACAUAUGUAGAACAUUUGUAUUAAAACAUGUAGCACUGGCAAGUGUUUUUCGAUAUAUAUAUUUAGUUUUUUUUCGCAGUUUGGUCGGGGAAUAGUGCAUUUCGAGCUUGGCACUAAGCCCACUGAAGCCAAUUCACUGUACUUUACGGUCUUUAAUUUUGUAUCGAUAGGUUGGAUUUUUAAACUUUUUAGGUAGUGUUUUGAGUUUGAAAAUUGUCUUCACUCCUCGGUUUUUCGCGAAAAAAUAACUCUUUUGGACCACGGUCAAGAUAUCGUAAAAAGCUGCACGCUGCUGCAGCCAAUCAGAUUGCAAGAAAUCAAAAAAUAUCACUAGGCAUGCACAAAUAAAAAAUAAUGUAUAUUAUUGUGCACGCAUAUAAUGCAUGUGCUGUUUUGUUUCUUUUGUAUGUCAAUCCAUGGUCAUCGGAGGAGUCCCCCCCCCACACGCUGUAGACAAUAGUACUUUCACUUUUACUUUGUACUUCAAAUAUUUUUUAAGGAUUCUUUGUACUUUUUACUUAAGUACGUUUCGCCUCCAGUACUUUUUACUCUUACUCAAGUUGUUUUAUUGUUAAUUACUUCUACUUUUACUUGAGUACAAAUUCAAAGUAAUUUAUAAGCAUCACUGUUUCUGAUGUUCCUCUGAGUGCAAGUAUAUCCACACCGGCCCGGCUGAAAAGUUUGCCUGAUUACGCUGGAUAUACACUCAGAGUCUCAGAGUAACAUUACAAACAUUAUAUUCACAACAUCAAAACACACACCAAAAAUAUCAAAGUCAUAUGUUUUGUAUUACAUGACAAAAGGGACAACAAAAUGCCAACGUCAUCUAGAUAUGCUAGAUAUAAGUUCUCCAUUUCCUCUUUUAUUAUGCGAUAAAAAUUUAUACACAUUAGCCGCCGCGCUUAAAAUUACAUUGCUUUCAAAGAUUCAGAAAACACACUUACGAAGGUUUGAAGUAGGCGUGAAAGAAUAUAUACAUUUCCCAUCCAAAAUUGAAUCUGAAUCUCAGUGCCGGACCCACUUAUUUGCCAAAUGCCGUUCCCUAUGGAAAAAUCUGGUCCAAAUCCCAUUGCUAGGUUUCCCAGUGACAGCAAUUGAAAUAGGUUAAUCCCAGCAACCAUUUUGCCCUGUGUGACUCCUUGGAAUCUAAUUAUUAAAUAUACUCGUUAAUAAGUUUAAAAUCCCACAUUUCUCUGAGAGAAAGAACAUAGAGAUGCAGUGCAUAAUAUAUCUUAAUUCAUGUUGAUAAAAUUUUUCAGCACUAUUUCCAGAGUGGCAAAGGCUACUCAAGUUCUUCUGGGCUUAGAGGAAAAUCUCUGCUCACAAUUGAGUGGACCAAUCAACAUGGCUGUGGUGAUCGAGAUUUAAAUUGUAACAUUGUUCUGCAAUACCGAUGUCAAGAUGACACGAAACAUCCAACAUUAAAUUCUCACUCAAUGAGGAAUGGUAAGAGAGAUGUCAUAACCUAAUACUCCUAAUCGAAAGCAGGAAUCCUGAAUUGCUGUAAAUAUUGGUGCGAACUGAGAUUAUUCUUGCAUGUAUUUUUGCACAAUCAUCCAAAUAUGAAAUCAAUGAAAAGUGAAGAUUUGUUAAAUUUAAUUAAAACAUUCUUUAACUAGAGGGCACUCAGAGACUGCAUACCUCCGCCCGUUACUCGGAAGUGAAACGCAACCUUGGAAUUUCCUAAGAAAUCCACUUUAUAAUUCCUAAGCAUAAAAGAUUACAGGCCCCCGCGAAUUGAAAUCGAAUUGCUAAUAGAACAUAUUACUGUUGUUGUACUGUACAGGGUGUCUCAAAAAAAACCAAAAUCAUUGAAAUAACGUAUUGUUCGAAUUUCAAUGCCGUAACACAAAGGAUUUUGACAGGGUGAUUAAUUUGUUUUAAAAAAUUAAAAUAUCUUUGUAAAGUGAACGUUUGUUUGCUCAUGGGAAUUUAAAAAUGCUUCGUAAAUUGUAACAUGCGUAAUAUGCAUUCGUGGGUUUAGUACUUUAUGCCUGACAUAACAAGUUUACGCUGAGUAUUACCAUUCAUUAUAGCAGUUAUGUCAAUCUUUUAUGCACUCGUGGGAUUAACUUCGUGCUAGGGCAUUGAAUAUCGAACAAUACGUCAAUUUCAAUAAUUUUGGGUUUUUUUGAGACACCCUGUACAGUACUUGUAAAAUAAAAACCUAUUACUUAAUAAUGCACUCGCGCGUGCAGUAAUUUUAUGCACUCGCGCGUGCAGUAAUUUUCACAGUUGUGCUAUUUUAAAUUCCCAGGCAGCUAAAAUCUUUUGUCUUUAAAACAAUGUCGAUUUCUUGCGAAAUUCCGAGGUUGCGUUCUUUUUAUACAUCCUGUAUUGAAGUAAUCUAAUGUUGUUAGAAUUUGAAUGGACUGGCACUUUGCUGAACGUAAUAAUGCGUAACUCCGUAAGCCUUGUUUUAGACAUUGAAUUUCGGUUGCGUGAAAUGCAACUAAGACAAUAUAUAAUGAAGGCCGAAGCUUAAUGAGGUUUAUCAUCUCAUUAUUGUCUUAGCACUGAGUGCAUAAAUUAUACACGUCCUAAUUACGCAUUCAGUAAUUUUUUUGUUAAUUGACCGGGAAGAGCAAAACAAAAUUUUGUUCAUUUCUCGUUCAAUUUUUAACCAAAUUCAACCAAAUUUUAAUCAGUUCUUCCUUAGCCGAUGGGAAAUGCAUUCAAAAAAUUUCGUACAGAUAUGUUUGGUAUUUCUUGAGUUAUCGUGCUCACAGACAAACACACACACACACACACACACACACACACACAAACCCAGAUGAUUACAUAACCUCCUGGCGGAGGUAACAAACCCAGAUGAUUACAUAACCUCCUGGCGGAGGUAAUAACAAAGGUUUCUUAUAUAUUGUCAAAAGUAACAUUCCAUUCAGAAAAUUUUCUAACAUAUACAGCCCAGCUACAGGGGGCCAGUGCUCUGUAUCAGGCCUACUACACCCAACGUUUUCAACAGUUUCUCUUGCUUAAAUUAUCGUAGGGGAAAUUCCCAGGAAGAUGCUCAAAGGUUAUAGGGAAGCGCAAAAAAUGCCAUUAGAGGCAAGAAAGUGGACAGACGCAUCAGUUUCGUUUUCCUAAUGAGAUGUCUUGUUCAAUUAUUUCUUGAUAUUUUAUAUACUCGUGCGAUAGUUGUAAUGAGUUUAAGAUUGAAUACAAAUGGCUGCAUGGUUAAACUACUAUACAUUGUCUCGAAAAAAGUACUGAAAUAUAUGGAGAAUGGUAUUUAUGUCAUACUCGAUGCAUGAAAAAUAUAAGUAAACGUUUGGCUUUAAUCGUGUGCCCAAGCAAGGGAUGUUUAGAUUAGUUUUAGAUUUAGUUUAUAUCUGAAUUUAAAUUUAAAUCACACAUUGAUUUACUCCCAGGACGUGACACCGCCACCCCAGAAUAUCAGAAGAGAAGUUACACCAGACGUUCAGACAAAAAUUCCGCACUGCCCCGUGAUUCAGGUCGGGGCCUUCAUGAACCUUGGGAAUGGUAUGAUAAGUGCGUGAAAAGAAAUCGUGUAGGUGAGUUCUUUGUUUAAAACUAAACAGGCCUAAGUAGAUCAAUAUUAUAUGAGCUCCAAAAUUUCAUAUAUCUCCGAGUAACUAUCAACUCAACAUCGCACAUUGCCAUGCAGGUCCUUGAGGAAAGACCCUGGUCGGAGCUGCAUGGUCUUGUGGCUCCCAGAUUCUGGCUGCUGAAUUAAAAUUGUACUUAAGGAGGGGUGGUAGAGGAGUGCGCCUGUUGCGAUGAGAAAAUUACAACUUGAGUGUUAUAAGUUUGCAACGAAAGACAAAUGAAUUUGCAGUCAACAAGCACUUACUAUUCUACCAAACAUCUGUAUUAUAUGUCUAAGAUUUUCUGUGAGAUAUACCGGUUCUAAAACCAUUUCUUUCACUUCGUCUUCGAGCUGUAAAACAAAAGUAUUUCAAAUUUUCAAGGCCAAGCGGUUUUUGGCCGAACAAAUUGUCAAGGCAUUUUAACGGAGGAUAAUUAAUUAUUGCUUCGGUUAAUGGCUAUUAUAGACUAUACAGUAUAAACAAUUAUACCAUUCGCUCUCGUCGUAUAUGGCUGAUAGCCGACUCGGUGCCACGCACUUCGUCGAUAAUUGCCAUUAAACAAUUUCAAUUUUAGCAUUCCAACUCAUUGUCAACUUUAAUUUCGGAUAAUAUCCUUGUUUCUAUAAGUUAGCCUUUCGUGUUUCUUGGGAAGGGAAAUAAGCAUAAACAUUUAAAAACAUUUGAAAGCAUAUUUGACGUCCUUUGGUAGUUUUUGAUAAAGUUGGUGUUCGUUCUCCUUUCGAAUCAUGCCUUCAUUAACAAAAUAUCAAAGAGUUUUAUGGUUACCCGUGCAAGACAUCAUAUACGUGCAAGAGGGCAUACUUUCUAUGAUGAAUGAGUGAAUAUUUGUCCAGCAAUUAUGUUUUUCAUUCGUUCUUUAGGCUACAAUAAAACUAUAUAUAAUAUAUCAAGUUUAACCAAAUCAUAUUUGAUAGUCAAUUUUAUGCAAAUUGUUAACAUUGUAAAAUGUGCUUAUUCGAAUUAAAACAUUCAUUUUGAUAGCUCAGUCAAUAUUGCACGGACAUUCAAAUGUUACAUAUCAAACUCUAAGUUAGCCCUUUCUGUGAGCCACGUGACCAGCUCCGAACAGGGUCUUUCCUCCUCAAGAGAGAAGUGCCUGGAAACGAGUUUGCUUUUAGCUGCGACUGUAAAAUGGGAACUAUUUUACAAAAGGUCUGCAAGUAAAUAGUUUAACUUCCCUGGUCUUCUUGCAUGACAACGCUUUAAAAUAUUUGAAUAACAAUUAUCGACAUAAGAGGUGAAAGUUUCCGAAACACUACCGAGACUAAGUUUGCUGCAAAAAGAAUUUAGUCGAUUUCCUUUGCGACGCACAAAUUAUUUUCUAAGUCUUAAAAAAUUAGCAUGUCUUCUAAGGAUAUUAUUACACUAGAUUGUCACCAGUUCCUUUAAAGGUGUAGAAUGUGCGGGUUGUCCUUUACAAAUUCUAACAUUGAGCGCGCAAGUUAUGAUAGGUAACUUCCUAUUUAGAGUCUUAUAAUCCGGCCGAGUUUUUUACGGGUUUCCAAUUUACCAAUAAAUCACAGUCACAUGCAUAAGCAUGAGAUAUAUGCUAUUCCAUAAUAGGACUUAGUAUCUAGGAAUGAGGAUUAUCAUAAGCUACUGAUAUUUUCCAGGCAUCAAAUGCCCAGCGAUAACUACAAGAGGAACUUGUUGUGUCUUUCCGUUCAAAUAUAAAAACACAUUGUAUCAAUCUUGCACCAAAGUGGACCAUGGAAAUACAUUAUGGUGCGCAACAACAAGCAACUACGACAAAGAUCGGAAAUGGGGAAACUGUAAAAUGACUCAGCCUAAGGGUAAGCCAUAUAAUAUAUAACUGUUAUAUAAACGCAGCAGGUUUAAUUUUAUUAGAACAGUUUCCUAAAUUACCCUGUUUAGUCAUUUCAACAGCGAACUAAAAUUACUCAAUAGUUUGAACUUACUUUGUUUUCCUAAAAACAGUUUACCAGGGGAAAAAGCAGUUCAGUGCGGGCGUUUAGUGCGGGCGGGAGAAGAAAGGGCGUCGUUAAAUAAACGCCUGCCCAAAUGCCUAUGAUUAAUUUGUUCUUCUCCGAAGAAUCUUCGGAAAAGCUUCCCAUUGGUUAAUCUCGUUAACGGAAGUAAUUACGUAACUCAAAUGUCAACAAUAAUUUUGCUUGCGUUGACGCGUUUAUAGUCGCGUAUCAAAAAUAUGCCGGCUGUUAAUGCUUUCGAGGAAACGUUCUUAUAUUUCAAGUACUUAGGCUUCGAAAUUCAGUUGAACCAGAACAGAAAAGGAUAUUAUUAAUUUGCUACGUGGUGAAGACGCCAGUUAUCGCUAUUCUUCCUAAGGAAUACGGAAAAGUUUGAUCUUUCAAUUAUACAUUUGAAAUAUAUCCUGAAUAUUUCUUUAAUAUAGUUAUCUUGUUAUUUGUUCACUUUAAAGUAUAAUUCAAGACCAGAUAGUUAAGGCUAUAUCACUUGGCAUUGCAGCUAUGAGGUUGCAUGAUGAUUUUAAGAAUAACAUUUCAAAACAUGCUCAACUGUUAUAUUUGCUAUACGGCAGAAUACGUUAAACAACCGUGGUUCAGGAGUCUUUUAAAAGAUAUAAAAGCUCUGUGCACGUUGUGACUGACUGUUGUCAAAAACUCAUUAAUAAUUCAUGAGGAAAACACAAAGAAAAAUCAUAAACGUGUCGUUCCUUGAUAUGUGAUAGAGAUUUCCCUUGAUUUACACAAAUUUUAAUGAUUUUCUCUACAUAUACACACCGAAUUUUUUGAAAGCUACUUCGCCAAUGAACGUAUACUAGAUAGAUCGUUUUUGAAGCAAUUUAAAACAUUCGCAGUGCGUGUUUUAUCAGACCAUCUUUAUAAUUAUCUGACAAAGCACUGCUGUUCGUGUUUUAGAUAGGGCAUAAAAUCUCUGCAAAUCUCCGUAGUUGCCGAGCAAAAAGCAUGCAUGAUGCUAAAUAUGAAUCUCGACUAUGAUUGGAUAAUGGGUGAAGGUGCUAAUUACAAAACGUCAAUCAUCCUUAAUGGGCGAAAACAAAUUUGUCAUAGCCAAUUUGGGCAGGCGUUUCCUGUGUACCAGCUAAACGCCUGCUACGCAGGCUAGUGUAGUGUUCCUGGUUUAGUAAUAGCACUUCCCUUUCCACUAGACAAGAUUUUUUUUGUAUCAACCAAUUUGAUUUCCAGUUUUAAAUUAAUGGAAUUUUUAUUUUUGUAUGUUUUUUAAAUUUUUUAUCGACGAGAUUUUUAUUUCGAAUUUUAUUUGUUUUUUUAAUUUGCGAUCGAAGAUUUAAAACAUUUUUGGAAGCAUUUUAUAAAAAUUGUCCUAAUUGUUUGACUUAUGGAAUAAAAUACGCUAAUUUGGAAUCAUUUUUUAUUUGCGUUUUUUUGUCCGCAACGGAACGCCAUACUUUUAGGUAGGGUUUUUAGUUCUAAAACUGACCAUUUUCGCGAAAAAUUUGAAAAACAUCGAUCGGUAAACUUUAGUAAUUUUUCAGUUUCCGCGAAGCCCACGCGUGUUGAAAACUUACAAGACAGCACUCUAUAGGCCAAUUUAGGCCGCUAUCUUGGCUUCACGCAGUCAUAGCGCAGUUUACUUGCAUGCAUGCAGUCAUCGUUUUAGUUAUAAUAGAGUUCACUGGGUUCAAGCAUUCAGUUUUGACCAAUUACUAAAUACUUCAUGUUAAAUCAAUGUUUGGCAAAUAUAGUUGUGGGUUGCUGAAUGCAUGUAUUUCCAGUAGAGAAUAUAGAUAUGUCUCCGAGGAAGCUUGUCAGUGACCGUUGAUGUUUUAAAACAAACGAAAAUUAUAAACUGAUCACUCACCAAACACGAAAUAAUCUCGCCUAUCCUAAUAAGCAAUCCGGAUUAUAAUAUGCUAGAUAUGAUGACUUUUCCUUUCCAGACACCGCCAACUGCGCAGUGAAAACUACAUCAAGAACUUGUUGUGUCUUUCCGUUCAAAUAUAAAAACAGAUUGUAUCGAUCUUGCACAAAAGUGGACAAUGGAAAUACAUUAUGGUGCGCAACAACGAGCAACUACGAUAAAGAUAGGAAAUGGGGAAACUGUAUAAUCACUCGGCGUAAGAGAGGUAAGCGAGAUAAGACACGAUAAGACAAAUCGUUUUACUUCCACGUUUGAAUGUAGAACCAGAGGAACGACGUUCAGGAUAAAACUGCAAUUAUUUCGGCAUGGUUAAAGUAAUCGAAAAAAACAUUCAACGUCAUUCUGGACUAACAUUAAGUGAAUUGAAAAAAUAGACAUAUUUAUAGAUUGUCCGGUUUUCUCUGGACAACAUACAGCACUAGUCAUUAUAUAACGAGUAGCCACGAUCGAAAGUAAAGGCAGGCACGUCAAUUUGAUUGACGUGAAAAUCGUUAUAAGUUAUAAUAUUAGCAAUAAUGAUAAAAUUUAUAACAAAACCUAUCUAAUGCUAUUCUGCAUAUUUAACUUUUAAUUAAAGUAUAGUAAAUAAAGAAAGUCUCUCGGUCGAAGGAAAGAAAGAGUUUGAUAAACUUGUGGCUAUGAUCGACAUCUUGUUUGACCUACUAUUUCAACACAGUCUUAAAGGGGCAGUGUCACCAAUUUUUACCAAAAAUGUCUUUUAUUCGAAGUCCGACUUGCGAAUUUGAAAAUCAACAUUAUAAAUACGUUCAGUUAUGAUAUACGAGCCAUAUUAAACAACUUUGAACUUCCAGACAGCAUGUAAGAUAACGUUUUCAUACAAAUUUACUUAAACUUGAAAAAGUGUCCGCCAACAAUUAAUCAAGAUGUCAUUUUUUACAAUCCAUCUGAAUCCUCGCCUAAUCUUAACCAUCCGGACUUCUGUACAUGCUAUUCGUAUUUAUUAUUGUUUUAUGUUGUGCUAACAAACAUUCUUUUUCGGUUUUGUGCAAGAUUCAUAAUGAUUUGCGAGUGUCAAAAUCGGUGACACUGCCAAUAGAAGUUAAAAUAGAAGUUAAACGUCCUAGGUUAAAACUGUAAAAACUGACAACAAAUCAACAAUUGGCGAUCAUCUCUAGAUUAAUUUUCGGUGUUAUCACAACCUAAUAAACAAUUAUUAUUAUAUAUUGAAGUUGGUAAAAUCGCGCAAUCACGCAACUUACAGAAAAUUCAGUUAUCUGCUAGCGGAUAACGAAGUUAUCUGCAAAUGAGCCUGUGAUGAUUAGCAAACAGUAUCUAUUUAACACAAACAGCAAGUUUUAUUAAACAAUUAUUAAUGAAUUAGGUUUUUGCGAGAUGCAAAAUUAUUAAGAAAUUUGGCCUUUUUGGUUUAGUUUUCGGUGUUGAAAAAGAGUAUUAGUGAGAUCUCAGAAAUUAAAUUAAAAAUUUCUUUAAAAUCGUACCCGUUUUAACGCCAUUAAUUUUACCCAAAGAACCUAGUCACAAACUGAUCUUAAAAUUAAUACGCUUUCUAAAUCUCUUUCUUUCAAAGGAUCAGAUGAUAGCCCUAAUCUUAAGAAUUAUGACGAGCAAACAACUGGAGGAAUGUUUGAUCCUUAUCUUAAGAAUUAUGACGAGCAAACAACUGGAGGAAUGUUUGAUCCUUAUCUUAAGAAUUACGACGAGCAAGCAAGUGGAGGUACGUGUGACUAAAUAAGUUAUUACAGAUGUUAUGAAUGGUAAACAUUUUUUGAAGAUUUUCACUUGACCAAAAUCCAACUUACUUUUUGUAGUUUUUUAUUAACCUUUCAUUUUAAUCAAAAGUUCUGAUGGAAAAGCUUACAGUAAUCCGGGUAAUCGAAAUUGCCUGAACUUGCAUGUCAUUGAGCUUGAGUUUAAUCACUCAACAACAGUGGUAGGUAGGUAUACAGGUUUAAGCCGUUUGUGUUUCUCGGGAAUUAUUGCUGAACUUGUACAACCUUGGCAAGCCAAACAAACAGUCCUAUAUCACAGUUUUGUUUAGAAUUUUCUUUCUCUAAAUUUACAGGACUAUUCACAGCUGAUCAAAAACUGAACGGU